CAUUAAAGUUGGCAAUACACACAACAGUUGCAUUAAAUGUCAUUUUGACGUUUGCAAUUUUUAGUGCAAUCCACAUUUUACCGGUUAAAACAUAUUGUACUGAACCAAUUACUCGACAUUGAAUAAACUUCCUUUUAGAUUAUCAAUAAAAAACUCCAUUAUGUCCGGGGAUACAAAAAAUGGUAUUUACACAUCUGAAAAGACGGGUUCGGAUGAAACGGGGAAAGGCACGGAGUCGUCGCCAUUCAAAACGAUUCUCCAAGCGAUGAGAUUUGCGGGUGCUGAACCAUUUCCGACGAUUUUCGUUGAUAGCAAAGAAGAUGGGAGUAAAUUUGAACCUGCUGCUAAGUCCCAAUUGAAGAAAAUCCAAAAGAUAUGGGUAAGAGAAAAUUAUAAGCAUGCGGAUAAAGCUAAAAAGGAAGAAGAAGAUGCUGAAAGAAGAAGCAAGAAUUUAGAAGAAGCUAAAAAAAUGGUUAUAAGUGAAGAUAAAUCUUUACCUGAAGCGAAAAGGAUUAAAAUUAUGCAAGGAAAAGAAUUUAGAGAUAAAAGGGUGGUUAUUUAUGGGUGGGUGCAUAGAAUUCGUCGCCAGGGUAAAUCUUUAAUGUUUAUUACAUUGAGGGAUGGAACAGGGUUUUUACAAAGUGUUUUAAACGAUAUGCUUUGUCAAACUUAUGAUGCUUUAGUUUUAUCUACUGAAUCAAGUAUUAAACUUUAUGGAAAAUUGGUUGCUGUUCCUGAAGGAAAAUCUGCUCCUGGUGGACAUGAACUUCAAGUUGAUUAUUGGGAAUUAAUAGGUUUGGCUCCUCCAGGAGGUGCUGAUUCGAUCUUAAACGAAGAAGCUCUUCCAGAUGUUCAAGCUGAAAACCGUCACAUCAUGGUUAGAGGAGAAAAUACAUCGAAAGUUUUAAGAAUGCGAUCAAUUUUGAUGCAAGCAUUUAGAGAUCAUUACAUUGAUAGGGGUUAUUGUGAAAUAACGCCACCUUCAAUUGUACAAACACAAGUAGAAGGAGGGUCCACUUUGUUUAAAUUAGAUUAUUUUGGGGAAGAAGCUUACUUAACACAAUCAUCCCAAUUAUAUUUAGAAACUUGUUUACCUUCAAUGGGGGAUGUUUUUUGCAUUGCAGAAAGUUUUAGGGCAGAACAAAGUAGAACAAGACGUCAUUUAGCUGAAUACACUCAUGUUGAAGCUGAAUGUCCAUUCAUAACUUUUGAUGAUUUAUUGGAUCGUUUGGAAGAUUUAAUAUGCGAUGUAGUUGAUCGCGUUUUAAAAUCACCAUUGGGAGAUGUUGUUUAUGAAUUAAACCCCGAUUUUAAAGUUCCAACUCGACCUUUUUUACGAAUGAACUAUUCGGAAGCAAUCGAUUAUUUAAAAAAGAACAACAUUACUAAAGAAGAUGGUUCAUUUUACGAGUUUGGUGAAGAUAUACCGGAAAUGCCCGAACGAAAAAUGACCGAUCAAAUCAAUAAGCCGAUAAUGCUUUGUAGAUUUCCGGCCGAAAUUAAAUCUUUUUAUAUGUCGAAAUGCCCGGAAGAUCGUCGUUUAACGGAAAGCGUUGAUGUUUUAUUGCCGAACGUUGGGGAAAUUGUUGGUGGAUCAAUGAGGAUUUAUGAUUUUGAUGAAUUGAUGGAAGCUUAUAAAGGAGCUGAAAUUGAUCCUAAACCUUAUUUCUGGUAUACUGAUCAAAGGAAAUAUGGUACUUGUCCUCAUGGUGGUUAUGGGCUUGGAUUGGAAAGAUUUGUUUGUUGGUUAUUGAAUAGAUAUCAUAUACGAGAAGUUUGUCUUUAUCCUAGAUAUUUGAAUCAUUGUAAACCUUAAUUGUUAUUUGGUUAAAAUUUGGUGAAGCUUUAAGGAAAUUUAUGAAAAAAUAAGCUUGGAUUUUAUUUGCAUUUAUUAUACACAAUUUAAUUAAUAAAUUGAUAAUAUAAUUA